GGGGGCGGAGCCUCGCCGCGGUGGCGGGGGUGGGGGGCAGAGGCAGGAAGUUGGGCGAAGUGAGAAGAGCAGGACCCGGCGGAAGACCCCGCCCCUCCGCCUGGGCCCGAUUACACGUGUACUGCUCUGAAAGCCGCCACCAGCCGGGCUCCGGGAAGUGGGAAGGCGGGGCCAAGCGGUGACCAAUGGGAGAGCGAUAAAGGAGUGCGCAUGCGUCAGAAGGGAGUCCCGAAGGGGCGGAGCGAGAGAAAGAGCAAAACGAGGACGCGGGACCCGGACGAUUAAGAAGCUACCUGGAGAGCUCGGCGUUCAGGGCUACAGAACUUCGCCUCAUUGACUGCGGCUUGGACGCAGAUAUAAGCUCCCCGAGGAUGCUUAGAGCCACUCUCCUGUGCUGCCUCCUGGGGGUAUUCGGCUUCCUGAGUGCUGGGGCAGAAGAGCAUGUGGACAGCCAUAGCCAUGGUGUUCGCCUGGAUAAGAACAUGGUGCAGGACAAAGAGCACAUCAUGGAACAUCUAGAAGGCGUCAUUGAGAAAAGUGAGUCAGAGAUGUCUCCACAAGAGCUGCAGCUCCAUUACUUCAAGAUGCAUGACUACGAUGGCAAUAAUUUGCUUGAUGGCUUAGAACUCGCCACUGCUAUCUCUCAUGUCCAUAAGGAGGAAGGAGGAGAGCAGGCACCAGCCAUGAAGGAAGAAGAACUGAUGAACCUGAUAGAUGACGUUCUAAGGGACGACGACACGAACGACGAUGGCUACAUUGACUAUGCUGAAUUUGCCAAAUCACUGGAAUAAAAAUCUGUCCGCAGUCUGCUAGUUCUAUGCAAAUGUGACCCAGUAUAAUGUGAUUGAGUGCUUGCCGUAUUGCAGAAUAGCUGUGCUUUUCCAACUUCAGUGCUGCGGGAGGAAACCCCAUAGCAGCUUGUUACUUUGGAGUGAAAAUAGAAACUUUGGGGGAGAUGUACCUCAAAAUGACGGAACUGCAUCCCACUCCUGAAUUCAUGUUUAACUUCUUAACAGACAGGCACGUUUUGAGAGUGUGGUAUGUCAUCGAGGUGGGUGCUUAGAAUCUCAGUUUGGAACGUAGGAUACUACCUGACUCUCCAUUUUAAAAUAAUGUUAGCAAAAUAUUUUGUCAAAUGAAUACUUCUUUCAUGUGGCCAGGGAAACUUCACGUGACCUAAGAAAUAACUGGCGUCCCAGACAUGUAAUCUCAGCCAAACAUUCAUCCACCCCAUAGGUCCUUGUGUAAUCAGUAUUCUUUACAGCUUGCCCAGCACAGAUAGUUGCUUACUGUGGGCAGGUGGUUCUUUGCAAGGCUGCUUAUAGCUACAAACAUUAGAAAAGAAUGUUUGCCAAAUACUGAACUCAACUGUCAAUAGAGCCUAUUGAUGAAAACAGCUUGGACUUGGGUGUCUGUAACCCCCUAUGUUGACCUCAGCAUUUAAGCUUUUCAGUCUUUCAAUAUUUUACAGGACUACUGCCACAUCCCUAUACUUUAUUUUUGUUAUUAGUUUUUAAUAUCAUAUUCAACCUGGGAGAGACCUCGAAUGAAUGUAGUGUGGUUCUUUGCUCCAAAUGAUGUCAAAAAUAGUAAUUUUCUUAACACUAGUUUCUGGAGUUCCGUUUUAUGGUCUGGGAGCUGUAGGUGAAAUGUAAAAACUCUACCCAGUCAGGGGGCAUAAAAUAAAAUUCUAGGUAACCUAACCUGUAUCAGAAUGAAAGAGAUAAUGCUGCCAGUUAAGGGUUAAUUGAGACACCUUAACAUUCAAACUGGGUGAUUUCAGAAGGAAGGCUGUUUAAAUGAGCUCUCCUAGUCAAGAGAAUACUUGAAUUCUUUCAGAUCAGUUAAAAAAAAAAGCCUAAAGUCCUUUGAACUUUGUAAACUCAACAGUAUUUGAAAAGUAAGACAGAAAGACACUGAGACAAAAAGCACUGUCUCAGUACUACUUUGGAUAUCAUUGAUGUACUGUGUUAAAUGGCAUUAGAAACCGUGAAAUGAUAAGUCAUUAUCAUAACUAAUAGGAAAGGAAUCUCUGAUUACUGAACUAUGCUCUAAGAUGUUCAAAGACCUAUUUUCUGUAAAGUAUUCUUAAAAGAAAACAAAUGUAUUCAUAACAGUGGUUUCCUGUGUCGAGUGUUUGUGCAAUCAGAGCUAUGUUGUAAACUAUUCUUGUAAUAUCUAGUUAUUUUGGAAGAUUUGUAUAAUGGAUUAUUCUGGAUAUAUGAGUAAUAAAGAUGAUGAACUUGAGUACCUGGA